AUGGAGCAUGUUAGAGCCCUUCAAGUCAACAUUCCAUUUGUGGAAACAAUGCUUCAAACACCCAAGUAUUUUAACUUGCUAAAGGGUCUCUUUGCUGCUAGAAAAGAUUUAGAUGAAGUCGCGGAGAUAGUAUUGAGUGAGCUACCAGAAAAGAAGGGCGAUCUGGGAAGCAUCAUAAUUCCUUGUCAAUUUGGAAAUGUACUUGCCACUCAAGCGUUGACCGAUUCGGGUGCAAGUAUUAAUUUAAUGCCUUUUUCUUUCUUCAAGAAGCUGAAUUUACCGGAGCCAAGGCCUGUGAAUAUGAAGAUCCAUUUGGUGGAUAAGAAGAUUAUUCGUCCAAGAGGUAUUUGUGAAGAUCUCCUCAUUAAGGUCGAUAAAUUCAUAUUCCCCGUGGACUUUGUGGUACUUGAUAUGGAAGAAGACCCCGAAAUUCCAAUUAUUUUGGGAAAAUCAUUUUUGAAUACCGCAUGCACAUUGAUAGAUGUAUGCGAGUCCACACUCACAUUGAGGGUAGGAGAUGAGUCAGCAGUUUUUAAAGCUCUACCAGAGAUUAAGCAAGAAGAAGGAAGAGAAGAAGAAGUCUCAUUCAUUAAUUUGGAUGAUGAGAUUUUACAAAAAGAACUUGCACUCUUGCAAGAAGAAGAUCCAAGUAAUUCUUGCUAUCUUCUGGAGGAAUUGAUGAUGUUGAAAAAGACUUGGAAGAAAUAG